GGGACGCAGCACGCGACGUCACAGAAAGAGCCACAACAACCCCUCCCGGGCCGCUUUGCUACUUUCACUAAAAGGAGGGGAGGGGGGAAAAAAGUUUAUCGGGGUUCUAGAACGUUGGCGGAAAAAGAAAGCCUUUGAAGUUCAAAGGGGCGCCGCCGCUGGAAAGGAAGCCGCUGCGAGGCUGCCGGCGCCCGGCUUCAUCUCUGCCCCCAUGGACGAAGAAGAGCAGCAGCCGCAGCCGGACAGCCUCGACGGCUGGGUGGCCAUCAAGGAGGACGCCUUCGGGCAGCCCGAGCCGCCGCACAAGCUGCGCUUCCUGGUGGCCUGGAACGGCAUCGAGAGCAAGUUCGCGGUGACCUGCCACAACCGGACCUUGCAGGAGCAGGCGGCCGAGGCCGGAGGCGGCGUUGGCCCGCAGCAGAUGAGCUGGGCCGGCCUGUUCUCCCCGCAGGCCCUGCAGGGCGUCCACCGUCAACUGUCGGCCUUGGCCCCCCAGCUGGAGCCGUGCCUGCCCGCGCUGCCCGCGGCGCUGUCCGGCCAGAGCGGCCUGUGGGCGCUGCUCUUCCCCGGCUGCCCGGUGCUGGCGGAGGCCGAGCUGGAGGCGCUGUGCCGCCGCCUGGAGAAGUACCUGGGCUGGGCUUUGGAGGCGUGCGGCCGCAAGGCGAUGCUCGACUCGCUUUUCGCUCACGACCAGGACGAGGAGGACGAGUACUUCGAGAACUUGCAGGAGUUCCGCAGGAAAGCGCUCAAGGGGCGGCUCAGCGGGGCCAAGGAGGCCUUGCGGAGGGUUCUCUACCAGCACAAAGAUGCUGACAAGUUGGUCGCUUUGAUGGAGCUCUACAAGGAGGAAGAUGAUGCUUAUUGGGAGCUGGUUACCGUGGCGACUGAAUUCUAUCAAUAUUUGCUGCAGCCAUUUAGGGAUAUGCGUGAGCUGGCAACUUUAUACCGACUGGAGAUCCUGAAAUCCUUGCAAGCUGACAGGCUGGGUCCUAAAAGGAUUGAGGCCUUGCAGAAGGAGGCGGAGGAGUGGACACAUCAGGCUGAAGAAGCUGUCUGCUCCAUCCAAGACAUCACAGUUGGUUACUUCAAGGAGACGGUGAUGGCGCUGGCAGCGAUGCAGAAGCAAAUGGAACAGGACCGGAAGCGCUUUGGCCAAGCUGCCUGGGCCACGGCUUCCCCCAGGUUAGAAAACUUGAAGUACCUGUUGGCGAAGGAGACUCUCCAGCACAUGAGGGCCAAAGAGCUGUGCCUGAACCACAAGAGAGCGGACAUCCGGAAGCAGAUGGAGGCCCUCCACGAGCAAGAAAAUGACAUGGCUCGAGUCGAGGAGCUGGAAAUAGAAUAUUAUGAAACUCAGCUGGAGCUGUACGAGGUGCAGUUCGAGAUCCUGAAGAAUGAAGAAAUGCUGCUUAUUACACAGUUGGAGACUUUAAGGAGGCGGAUGAAAGAGAUCCAGGAUGAAGUAGUUUAUUAUGACACAUGCGAAAACCCUGAUGAGCUCGAAGCCACUGAGCAAGUCCUGGAAGAAACCCAUGUGCCUUCCUCUGAAAUAGCUCAACUGAGGCAGAAGACCCAGCAGUUGGAGACAAAGCGUGGGAUUAUCUGCUCAAGGAGAGCCUACCUCAGAAACAAAAAGGAUCAAUGUGAAGAGAGCCGACACGCCCGGCUCCAGCAGGCUCAAGAGAGCUCACGGCAUUUCCAGCAACAUCAUAGCAUCCAGAUUAAAAGAGACAAAAGGAAAGAGGACGAGAAGAAGAAGAAAGCGUGGAUAAAGCAGGAGCGAGAGAAAACCCUGGAGAGGCUCAAGACAUUCAAAGAGAAAUGCCCGGCGCAGUUUGUGCUGAAGACUUCCCGGUUGCAGCCUUUGAACGCCAAGCAGCCCCAGGGCGCCUCCCACCGGACUCCGCCCGGUGCCCCUCAGCCACCCUCGGCGAGCAAGACGCCCUCUGCCAAGACCUCCCGGCCGGCACCAGCCAAAGGCUUCAAAGCGCCACGGCAGAAGCCCUCAAAGGAUAUCCCCGUCCAGAUUUUUGCCCCUCCGCCACCCGGCCCUGAGCAGCAAGGGAAGAGCAAUGGGGGGCCGCCACUGUUGCCUCCCCCGCCGCCUCCCCCGCCCCCACCCCCGCUUCCCCCACCAUCAAACAACCAGCCUCUUUGCUUAAGGACAGGAGCGCAAAUCGGUGAGAAGCCUCUGCCCCUCUUGUGCAAAGACCCUCCCGGGAGAAGUGGCUCCCCAGGGAAAGCGGACGGGACCUCCAGGCGCACGGCAAACGAUUAUGCAGGAUCCAUGGACGAGGUUUUGGCAUCGCUGAAGCGUGGCGAAAUCCUUCUCCGCAAAGUGGAACCCCCCCGCCAGGCGCCAUCUUCCAUCUCCUCCCUCAACGACAGUAUCCUGGCGGCCAUACGGCAGGGAGUGAAGCUGAGGAAAGUGACGCAGGAGCCCAAGCUGGACACGGAGAAAGGGCACUCCAGCAACGAACUGGAGCGGAGCAUAAAGGCGGCUAUGCAAAGGAUCAAGAAAGUGUCUGCCGAUUCGGAAGACGACGAAAACGACCACAAUAGCGGCGAAUGGAAUAGUUAACAGGAGCGGGCUUUCGAACUUCGUUCUGGGGUUCCUCAGAAAGUUACCAAGGGUUCCCCUUAGAGAAGGAGGCAACUACUGGCGAACAAGCUCUCAGUUCACGCAGCGCAGCAAUGAGGUCUACCUAAUCUGGGCUGGGUCCUACAUUAACGCCCUGGAACUUGUCCCAGAAUCCCUUGCAAGUCCACUGGAGUUCUGGGCCAGAUAAGUUCAUGUAGAAAUGUGUUAGUGCGUCCCACACCCCCUGGAUUUAGGAAGUUUGAAAAACCAUCAUGUUUGACUCUAUUCAGGUCAACCAGUUUACUGACCUGGGACGUUAUGCUUUUACUGAAUUUUGCACUUUUUGAAGGAAAUGUAUUGUCCUCUUUUUAGGAAACGGAGGGCUCUGUGUUUCUGGUGAUUUGCCUACCAAAAAAUAAUGCUUCAGAACUGUUUUUAAAGGACAGCUGCCCCCUUGCUUUUGUUCCAAAGUCAUUUUUGUUGUUGCUGUACUGAAAUCAGCAAAACUUUUAUCAAACCCAUUUCUGUAAGUUUGCCAGAAAUCAUCCAGUUAGACAAUCCAAUUCUCAGAAUAAUAAUAAUAAUCAGGAUUGCAGCAGUGAAAUAGCCACACUGUGAGGAUUGGCAGCAUUUGUGAGGUGCCAAUAAGGGCUCCCAUUGAAAUUCUGAUAGUGUAGAAUAAUUAUUUUUGUGUGUGCGAAAAUCACAACGGUUUCUUUGACUUAAUACUCAAACCAAUAUUUUAUGUGGAUGUCACCAUUGUUUGCUAAAAAGGGUAUUUCAUGCAGUAUUUAGUAGAACCUAACUUGGGACAAAAUGCUGCUAAUGUUUGUGAAGUUUUAUGCAAAGGUUCCUUUUUAAUAGUGCCAUCACCAGUUAACUAGGAGAGAAGUACCCAUCAGUUUGCCACGUUUUAUUGGAACAGUGCAUGCUGCCUUAUACACUCCCGGGAUAGCUCAGUUGGUAGAGCAGGAGACUCUUUAAAUCACAGGGUUGUAGGCUCUAGCCCCACGUUGGGCAAAAGAUUCCUGCAUUGCAGGGGGUUGGACUAGAUGACCCUUGUGGUCCCAACUGUACAAUUCUAUGCUUCUAUACGGAAUCAAGCCAUUGGCCCCUCUAACUCCAUAUUGUCUACACUGACUGGUAGCAACGGCCUAGGAUUCCAGACAGGAGUAUUUCCCAUCUACCCUGGAGAUGUUGAGAACCCAACCUGCAUGCUAGGGCUGGGUAGAUAACAUUUCUGCUCCCCCAAUACUAUCAACUUUAAACCAGCACGGGUUGAUGGGUGGGUGGGGUUUCAGUUUAAGGGCAGCCUUCCAGGGCACUAUGGUGAGCCUAGGCCAGGCAUAGGCAAACUCGGCCCUCCAGAAGGUUUGGGACUACAACUCCCAACAGGACCAGUGGUCUAGCUAACAGUGGCCUAGCUCAGUGUUUCCCAACCUUGUGCCUCCAGCUGUUUUUGGACUACAAUUCCCAUCAUUCCUGACCACUGGUCUUGCUAGCUUGGGAUGAUGGGAGUUGUAGUCCAAAAACAGCUGGAGGCACAAGGUUGGGAAACACUGGCCUAGCUAACAGGACCAGUGGUCAGGGAUGAUGGGAGUUGUGGUCCCAAAACAUCUGGAGGGCCAAGUUUGCCUAUGCCUGGCCUAGGCUACUGCCUCCUCUGUUGUCAUGGCAACCUUGGGACAUAGGAGGCAAAGAUGCUGCGCCUGUGGAAGGAUAUAGAAUCUGGACCACAAUUUACUUGGGGUUGCUGUGGGCAGGCUCCCUCAGCCGGUUACCCACCUACCAAACACUGCCAUCACUUCAGGCACCUUGCACUAGGGGGAGUUAACCAUGCGUCAUUGAAGGUUCCUUACCCAUUUUUGCAUUUGGUUUUGGUUCCAGUGCUCCUCCUACAGGAGAGGACGAGGCUUUGCGCAGAAAACCAUGCAGAAAACCAGACACCCAUUGGUGUCAUGUGUUUCAUUGCACUUUUUUCAGUUACAAAUGCUAUUUCGGUUACCGUCAUAGUGUCAUACCAAGAUGGGUUAAGAUGACAAAUAACUUGCUCACGGCCAUUGUUUUCAGCGCUGGGCAGAGAUCUGAACUGGAGGCUUCCAAAUUAACUUCAGCUUAUAACGAAGUGGGCUUUGUAUAACUACAAAUAAAGCAUGUUGCCAUAUUUCAUACUUCUGUAACUAAGCAGCGUAAGAUCUCCAACUAAGUAUUCUGGCCAUAUCUAAGUGUGCCAAGCGAGGGAGAAAUCUGAUUGAUUUUGCUAUUGAAAAACCAACCAACCAACCACCCCCAAACACGCACACAUUCUUCAUUUUUCUGAAGCGUUCCAAACUCUCCACACCAAGGUUUUUCUCUUGUAUCUCGGCAGUUUCCCAUCUGCUUGCAAUUUUCAAUUUUAGUGGCCACCAGAAGGCUUAAAACAUAUCGGGUAGAAGUCCACGAAGCUUUACUCAAAGUAGACCCAAUGAAAUUAAGAGACCUGACUCAUUUCAGUGGGUCCCGGCAGAGUAAAACUUAGUUGAAUACCACCCCUGUUAUCUGCCCCAUUCUAAUCAACAGUGUUUUUUUUAAUGUAAUCUAACCCACUUGUUAAAAUAUGCCAAGAUUUAAGCUGUAUUUUGUUAAUAUCCUGGAUUGUUUUUAACCACUUUAUACCACUGUAUCUUAUAAUGUGUAAGACAUCAGCGUCUUUUCUUCUGCAUUUCCAUCAUCUUGUCACAGGUUAGGGAUAAAUGGGAGCCCUGCUCCAAAAACACACCUGGAGGUUCCCUAUUCUUGGCAAAGCUAGUGACAGAUGUGGGAUAGGGAACCUGCAGCUCUCCAGAUGUUCUUGGUCUAGAACUCCCAUUCCCCCCAGCUAGCAUGGUCAGUGGCCCAGGAACGAGCGGAGUUACAACAUCUGCAGGGCUAUCGCUCCCAUCCCUGACCCUUGGCCAUGCUAGUUGAGAUGGACAGGAUUUGCGAGUCCCCCAAACAGCUGUAGGGCCACAGGUUCCCUACCUCUACAGCAGGGGUCCCCAAACUAAGGCCCGGGGGCCGGAUGCGGCCCAAACGCCUUCUAAAUCCGGCCCACGGACGGUCCGGGAAUCAGCAUGUUUUUACAUGAGUAGAAUGUGUCCUUUUAUUUAAAAUGCAUCUCUGGGUUAUUUGUGGAAUUUGUUCAUAAUUUUUCCCCAAAAUACAGUCCGGCCCCCCACAAGGUCCGAAGGACAGUGGACCGGCCCCCUGCUGAAAAAGUUUGCUGACCCCUGCUCUACAGUAUGCAAUGCGUCCUUCUCAAGGAUCUUGAAUGGCCUCUUAAUGAGUGUGUGUGUGUGAUUAAGUAAUAUUGGCCAUUGAACCUGAAAGGGCGGGGGAUAUUCUUCCACUUCUUUUGAGAAGGCACGGUAAACAUUUCUCCCAUUCAAGAGCAUAGAGCUGAAUAACCUUCCUUUCGGAACUUAACAUGGUAUUUAGUUGAGCACUUUAUAUUUUAAAAAAAUCCCAUGUGGAUACAUCCCUAUUCAUUUGAUGUUUUGUCUUACAUUCUCCAUAAUAAAGUGUCCUUUUGGAGGAUGCUGGGAAAACCUUGGUCUCUGCCUUCUUUCUCUGCCAUCCUCAGUUGUGUCCUGGUUCAAGGCUGCUGCCAAGCAAGAGUUGGAGGGAGGAGGAAUCUGCCUUCUGCUUCUCAGCCAGAGACGACCAAACACCUUCCCAGAACAGAGACAAGAGCCGCUGGAGUUUGGCUGCCUAGGCUACAUUUGCAAUUUGAGGGGGGAAACGCAGCCAGUUGUUGACAAUGGACACAGCUGGGGGACAGCCUUGGCUUAGAGUUCAGCUUUGUCGCUUGCUUGUUAGCUUCACGGGCAAGAGUCAUGUAGGUUUUUGGCAUGUGCAAAAACCUCUCUGAAGCAUAAGGCUUUAUUUUAAACCUGUUUUUCAACAUCUGGUGUUAAGUCACGGAAAACAGAAAGCAACAAUUCCACCGAACUUGGGAUGGGAAGAACUAGCAAUUUAACUCCAGCGGAACAUUUCAAAAUAGUGUGAUCUUUGCUCACUGGGAGAGGAGAAAAGUGGACUCUGCAGUGAUAUAGUGUGAGGUUUCAGACUGGCUGCUAGCCCUGAACUUAAGGCACGUUAUAGCUAUACAGCUUUUGUCGGUCGGUGUGUUGUCUGUGUCGAGAAGGGAAGAAAGCUAAAAUGACUCACUUUUGUCUUCUUCCUAGAACAUCGCAGUAGAGCAGAGGCUCUGAGUUCCUCCCCACAUCUUGGGGGCUCGUCACGCGCAUCAAGAGGGAGCCGUGGUGCCCGCCAAGGUCCACUGCCACCACGGAGAGGCCCGGAGGUGUCCGUCGUCACUACAGGAAAUCCCGGCAAGGCCUGGCCCCUCAAGUUGGGGGGAGGAGGACUUGGCCUCAUCCCCACAUACAGUAGCAUUGGUGUCUAUGCAGAGGGAUGACGAACGUCAAAGCCCACAUCUCCCCAACCCUAAUAAUCUCAUUUCCCAAGAUACUAAGUUUUUUUUAAAUAAAUAAAUAAAUCAAAAGCCACUCCCUUAAUUUUGGGCGUCCCUGUUUGCUUCCAACCUCAGGACUUUGCAACUGCCUGAUGACAGAUACAUUCUUCCUUUCUGGAGACACAAAAGUUUCUUAGUUGUGAAGGGCUUGCCUGAAACCGUCUCUGCUUAUUCUACAGGUGAUGUUGAACCAACUAGGAACUUCCCAACUGAUGGCCAUUAACUGAAACAAGCUCGCUUAUCUCUAUAUGUGCAGGCUUCCUGUUCAAUUCCUUCACAGAACUGGUCCCUCCUUUGAAGUGAAUGGGGAAAGUCUUGUGAAGAAGAACUCUGAGCAUGUAUAGCAGGGGCGGGGAAGCUCAGACCCAGGGGCAGAAGGUGGCCCUCUAUCACUUACCUGGCUCUCAAUAAUCUACCCUCGGUGACCCCUGCUCCUUCAGCUUUUGCCUGUCUCUAAUGCAGGCAUCCCCAAACUUCGGCCCUCCAGAUGUUUUGGACUACAAUUCCCAUCGUCCCUGACCACUGGUCCUGUUAGCUAGGGAUUAUGGGAGUUGUAGGUCAAAACAUCUGGAGGGCCGCAGUUUGGGGAUGCCUGCUCUAAUGUGUCCCUGAGUCAGGGCAUUUUUUCAGCCAGAACUCACCAAAACGCCUUUCCGGCACCCAUCAGGUGGGCGCCAUUGCCAUUACAGUCGUACCUCGGGUUACAGACGCUUCAGGUUACAGACUCCGCUAACCCAGAAAUAGUACCUCGGGUUAAGAACUUUACCUCAGGACGAGAACAGAAAUCACACGGCGGCUGUGGGAGGCCCCAUUAGCUAAAGUGGUACCUCAGGUUAAGAAGAGUUUCAGGUUAAGAACGGACCUCCGGAACGGAUUAAGUUCUUAACCCGAGGUUCCACUGUAUAAGAGAACAAGAGAGGCAUUUAAAGUUAUGGCACUUCUUUUUCUAGAAAAACAGCACUGCCCUGAGUGUAUGUUGAAACUAGCCUCCUUUAUAAAGGUAACAUUCACAUUUGUUUCUCUGCCCCUGCCCACCAUUCACUGGUGGCCCCCAGAAGGGAAUGUGGCCUUGAGGCUGUGGGGGGGGGGGAAUCCCCACUUCUGAUCUCGAUCCUUGUACCUACAAAUUUGUGCCUACCGCCUUCCAUGAUUUCUCCUUUCCUCUGGUAAGAGUUUGCGAACAAAAGCAAAUGAAAUAAACCCAAGACAGAGUGCCUAAUAUAAUUUCCUAGAAGAACAGCAGCAAAGAUUAAUAAUGCUGAAUUUAUAGAAGCUGAGAGAUUAAAAUAGAACCAGGCAGCAUAUUAAAAUUCGCUGCUAGAAAAGGAGUUGGUAAUAAUGGCACCUCUGGCUUAGGAAUGUAGAAACACUGGCGGGGGGGGGAGUGCACCGCCCCAGCACCAUUGGGGAGGGGGGUACCAUCGCGGCCACCUCCCCCUGGACACGCACAGCGCACCCCCUCAUACCGGGCGGCAUGUCCCCGGGAUGCCUGCCACGCCCGUGGGGUGGGCGCCACGCCCCCACGGGACGUGUGCCAGCCAAGCCCCCGCCUGCUCUCCGCCCCCCGUGUCGGAGCAUGCAGCUUUGCCAUUGCAUAGAGAGCGACAUUAUAUACACUCAGUCUGAGUGUAUACCUGGCCCAUCUAGCUCAGUAUCGUCAACACUGACUGGCAGCAGCUCUUCAGAGUUUUGGACAAGAGUCUCCUAGCCCUACCCGGAUUGAACCUGAAACGUUACACAUGCAAAACACUGAACUAUGGGCUCUUUUCCAUAGGAAGUACACUUUUUAUUUGGCUUUUUCCCUCUUUAGAUCUCCAGUGAACGAGCAACAGCACCCAUCAUAAUAAUAUAUUGCUAAAAAGUAGGGGAGGGGAAAGGAUCAUAUCGUUUUACAGAAAUGCAUAAUUGAGAUGGAGCACACAGGGUGAGCGGAUGUAUUUCCUAGCCCUGGAAACCCCCAGUGCAAGUAUGGAAUUAAUAGCAGAUGAGAUAACCAACAGAGCAAAGAUGUAAAAAGGGGAAAUUACUUGGGAGUUGUGGAUGAACAGGUGCUUAUUUUGUUCCUCACCAUUAGAGAAAGUGCAGCACGUUCCAUCUCUCAGUCUCACUAGUUCCCUGUGCAAACAUCUAUCGCAGACAAGCUGAAAGUUAUAAUUAGAUAAAUGGUCGUGAUACACACGCCGAGUCCCAGAUCAAUGCUAUUUAAGGACACACACAGAGAGGUUGGUGUGCCAGCCUGAGAUCACCCCUGCCUUUGCUUUAUUUUGUGCUUUUUCUGCCUUGCUUUUCCCAUCCCUGGAAUUGGGCUCCCAAAGCAGCUUACAGAGAAGAUUUCAACCAAGUACAAUUCAAGCGGCAAUAAGAAUAACGAAAAUUAAAAAGUUGAAAGGGAAGAGUUGAAAUUAAAAAGUAAAACAGGAAAAGUAGAUGAAACCGCAAGCAAAACAUUGCAGCCGUGCUGUAUCUCAAAUAAAACCCUACAGCAGAGAAGUUCACUCCAAUUUAGGCAAUUCCUUCCAUUGCAUACAUGGAGCUCUGUGGGUUGUAAAGACACUAAAGUGAAGAAUCUUUGCACAUGCAAUGGAACACGCUUUCAAAAAAGUCUAGGUUCAAAUUCUUCCCUGAGGUAUAGACUCUAGAGCCUUUCACGAUAGAUGCAACUGAUCAGAUUUACUCCAGAUUUACACUGGCAUUUCCCAUAUGAAAAAUAAAAAAAUUCCUUCAGUAGCACCUUAAAGACCAACUAAGUUUAUAUUUUGGUAUGAGCUUUCGUGUGCAUGCACACUUCUUCAGAUACCAUAUGAAGAUUCCCAUAUGAAGUUUGGGUUAAGAUUUGCUUAUUUGCCCAGGCAUUUAAUUUUUUCCUAAGUUAAUUUCUGCUGUGUUGUUUUUAUAGUUGCUUUGGUUCAUUUGAUGAUAUGUUGUUGUUUAUAUGAUCAUUUGAUUGGUUGUUUUUAUGUGUUGUAUCUGAAUUGAUGGAAGGUGGACUAUAAAAGCUUUAAUUUGAUAAUAAAUAAAGCAAGAGGAACAAAUGUGUA